AUGCGCAGAAAUCGGAAGCUCACAAAAAACAAAAAGUUGUUCAGCACUUUGCACUGUUCUACUUUAUGUCCAACAGAUGGCAAAGCACAGGAAAGACAGAAGGAACAGGGGACUGGCCCUUUCAGGACAGAAGCCCACAUUUGGCUGGAGAGAGAAGACUAA